GCGACAGUUAACAGUAUGACUUCAACAGUGGAAGAUAGACUGCUAGUUUUGUUGGAAAAAUUAAAAGAAACUGAUGAUUCAUUGGCAGUGUGCAUUGUACUUUUGCAACAAUAUUUGAGGGGAGAGAGAAACAAGAUACAAUGGUCCAAAUCUAUUGGAAUACAAGUUAAUGUUGAGAGUAAAACAGUACAAACAGUAACUGAUCAUAAAGAAGAAGAAGCAAUGGUGGAAAAGAGUAUAUCGACGAUAUGUGAAAAACUAAAAUCAGAAUUAACAGCACUACACUCCAACAUCGAAAAACAGAAUGUCAUAUUCAAAGACGACAAAGAUUUCAGGGCUUUCCCGUCAUCAUCUAGAAAGUUCUGAUGACGUUCCUUCAGAUAAGUAUCUAAAGAUCAUUUUAAAACAACACACAAAACUGCCAUUUUUUAGAUGAAUAAAUGAGUUGAAAUAU